AUGCACCAGUCGUCGGACAGCCGCUCAAUGCCACCGCCAGUGCCUCAGUCGACCAAUUGGUCGCCACCUUCGGGUUAUGGAGACAAUCGGGUGAUCAAUAUCGCCGACUGUUACCCGCAAUCGCGAGAAUCACGCAAUGCUAACCAAAUGAUGGCACCCAUGCAGCCACCCAUCACUCAAUCACAGGCUAUGGCGCCACCGAUGCGACCGCACCACCACUCCAUACCGCACACUCAUCCCUCAUACGCUCAACCAAUGGCCCACCCGAUCACCACAACCGCCAACUGCGAGCUCCAGACCACGUCCAACAUCUUAAGCGACAUUAUGUUGAGCUCAGCGCAAGACGCCGGCGCUAUCGUUAACAUUAACCUCAAUCACAGAGACGCGGAUAAACUCGAUAGCAUACCGGUGCACACGCAGGGCUAUCCCAUGUCCACGACAUCGUCCACCAUCACAAUGAACUCGAGCCUAAUGUCGAUGCAGUCGUCGUCGCUGAGGCCUAUGGGGCCCCACCAGCACCCGAUCCCCGUGACUGAGUCGCAAGUGGCCGACGCCUCCAGUUGGCCGAUACUGACCCAAACGAAUCACCCGAUUUACGCGACCCACAGGACCCCACAGCCGCCUCCCAGGCCCACCCGUUUGCCAUCCAUGUCGUCGAUCAUGCCGUGCGGCGCAAACAGUCAAUUCAUGCGCGCCGCCGGCCGCCCUCCCACCACACCCACUACCAUACCAUCGAUACAGACGCUGAUGCGGACGCCGUCUAUGACCCAAAUGUCUCCAAUGUCUUCGCAUUCUAUUCCUCAGCAGAUGUCCGCAACACAGACACAGAUAACUCAGAGCCGUUCCCAUCAAUACAUUCCCCAAAUGAACUUAUAUCCGGAUCAGAUUCACCGCAACUCGCAAAUGAUACCAAACCGUAUGCCGCCGUCGACUCAGAACUACAUGCGAUCGCAAAUGCAGUCCAUGAGGCCCGACGCCAACACGUAUACCUCACUGACGAGCCCCGACAUGCGACAGCGACUGGUCAUACCGGCGAAUAUGUCGCCCAUGGGUGCCAAUACGGGGCCCAUACAGUACCAGCACACACCAUACCCGUCGCAGAGGCGCUCAAUGCCGCCCUCCAGUUCCCAGUUAUCUCACCAGUCGAUGCCUCAAAUGUCGGGUCGUUUCCAACAACGCAUUAACAGUCCCUACGAUAGACCUCACAUGCAAUACACUACCGGCGCCGCGUCGCCCAUGAGAUCCGAGUUUGGCCAACCAUUGCAGCAGCAGAUGUCGCACCAGAAUAUGAUACGAGGAACACCCCGACACCCGCGCAUGCAAUACCCAUACCCAUCAGACGGCCCCACGCCCGUCACGUACGGACAGCCAUUAGCAGCGCCGGUGCCCAUCACCACAGCCCCCACC